CAGAGCUGCUGAUCGAUGACGCGCCAUCACCCCACGCGCCGCCUCGCUCGCCCAUUGGCUGAGAUGAGCCUGGUCCCAUUGACAACAAACAGGGGGGCGCGCGGCCUGGAGGCGGGGCCGCAGGGGGCGCGGGCUGGGGCGGGAGAAUCCCGCCCCGCCUUUUCCGUGCGGCGCCCGGGCGCAACGCAAACAUGGCGGCGGGUGGCACCCGUCGGUGAGGCGGUACCGGGCGGGGGUUGUCGGGUGUCAUGGGCGGUGGCGACGGCACCGCCCCCGCGUCUCCCUGAGCGGGACGGCAGGGGGGCUUCUGCGCUGAGCCGGGCGAUGGACGAGAGCGGCGAGCUGGGCGGUCUGGAGACCAUGGAGACCCUCACGGAGCUGGGCGACGAGCUGACCCUGGGGGACAUAGACGAGAUGCUGCAAUUUGUCAGUAAUCAAGUGGGAGAGUUCCCUGACUUGUUUUCAGAACAGCUGUGUAGCUCCUUUCCUGGCAGUGGUGGUGGUGGUAGCAGCAGCGGCAACAGCGGCAGCAGCAGCAGCAGCAGCAGCAAUGGCAGGGGCAGCAGCAGCGGAGCUGUGGACCCUUCGAUGCAACGGUCAUUCACCCAGGUCCCAUUACCUUCCUUCUCUCCCUCGGCGGCCUCCCCACAGGCUCCAACCCUGCAGGUCAAGGUUUCUCCCACCUCAGUUCCCACCACACCCAGGGCAACUCCUAUUCUUCAGCCCCGCCCCCAGCCUCAACCUCAAGCUCAGCUGCAACAACAGACGGUAAUGAUCACCCCAACAUUCAGCACCGCUCCGCAGACGAGGAUCAUCCAGCAGCCUUUGAUAUACCAGAAUGCAGCUACUAGCUUUCAAGUCCUUCAGCCUCAAGUCCAAAGCCUGGUGACAUCCUCCCAGGUACAGCCGGUCACCAUUCAGCAGCAGGUGCAGACAGUACAGGCCCAGCGGGUGCUGACACAAACGGCCAAUGGCACGCUGCAGACCCUUGCCCCGGCUACGGUGCAGACAGUUGCUGCACCACAGGUGCAGCAGGUCCCGGUCCUGGUCCAGCCUCAGAUCAUCAAGACAGAUUCCCUUGUUUUGACCACACUGAAGACAGAUGGCAGCCCUGUUAUGGCUGCGGUCCAGAACCCGGCCCUCACCGCCCUCACCACCCCUAUCCAGACGGCUGCCCUUCAAGUACCAACCCUGGUGGGCAGCAGUGGGACCAUUCUGACCACAAUGCCUGUAAUGAUGGGGCAAGAGAAAGUGCCCAUUAAGCAGGUACCUGGGGGAGUCAAGCAGCUUGAGCCCCCCAAAGAAGGAGAAAGGCGGACAACCCACAAUAUCAUUGAGAAACGAUAUCGCUCCUCCAUCAAUGACAAAAUCAUCGAAUUGAAAGACCUGGUCAUGGGGACAGACGCCAAGAUGCACAAGUCUGGCGUUCUGAGGAAGGCCAUUGAUUACAUCAAAUACUUGCAGCAGGUCAAUCAUAAACUGCGCCAGGAGAACAUGGUGCUGAAGCUGGCAAAUCAAAAGAACAAGCUUCUAAAGGGCAUCGACCUAGGCAGUCUGGUGGACAAUGAGGUGGACCUGAAGAUCGAGGACUUUAAUCAGAAUGUCCUUCUGAUGUCCCCCCCAGCCUCUGACUCAGGGUCCCAGGCUGGCUUCUCUCCCUACUCCAUUGACUCUGAGCCAGGAAGCCCUCUGUUGGAUGAUGCAAAGGUCAAAGAUGAGCCGGACUCUCCUCCUGUGGCGCUGGGCAUGGUAGACCGCUCACGGAUUCUUCUGUGUGUCCUCACCUUCCUGUGCCUCUCCUUUAACCCCCUGACUUCCCUGCUGCAGUGGGGAGGGGCCCAUGACUCUGACCAGCACCCACACUCAGGCUCUGGCCGCAGUGUCCUGUCAUUCGAGUCAGGUUCUGGGGGCUGGUUUGACUGGAUGAUGCCUACUCUUCUCUUGUGGCUGGUAAAUGGUGUGAUUGUCCUGAGCGUCUUUGUGAAGCUGCUGGUUCAUGGGGAGCCAGUGAUCCGGCCACACUCGCGCUCCUCGGUCACCUUCUGGAGGCACCGGAAACAGGCAGACCUGGAUCUCGCCAGAGGAGAUUUUGCAGCUGCUGCCGCCAACCUACAAACCUGCCUGGCAGUUUUGGGCCGGGCACUGCCCACCUCCCGCCUGGACCUGGCCUGCAGCCUCUCCUGGAACGUGAUCCGCUACAGCCUGCAGAAGCUACGCCUGGUGCGCUGGCUGCUCAAGAAAGUCUUCCAGUGCCGGCGGGCCACUCCAGCCACUGAGGCAGGCUUUGAAGACGAAGCUAAGACCAGCGCCCGGGAUGCGGCUCUGGCCUAUCACCGGCUGCACCAGCUGCACAUCACAGGGAAGCUUCCUGCAGGAUCUGCCUGUUCCGAUUUACACGUGGCAUUAUGUGCCGUAAACCUGGCCGAAUGUGCAGAGGAGAAGAUCCCACCGAGCACACUGGUUGAGAUCCAUCUGACUGCUGCCAUGGGGCUCAAGACCCGGUGUGGAGGCAAGCUGGGCUUCCUGGCCCAGAAACAGGUACGUUUUACUCUGUGUCCCACUGUGGGUAGACUGCUGAAUAUAUCAGGCCAGUCAUGGUGGCUUGCGCCUGUAAUCCCAGCACUUCAGGAAGCUGAGAGCUACUUCCUCAGCCGAGCCCAGAGCCUGUGUGGCCCCGAGCACAGUGCUGUUCCUGACUCCCUGCGCUGGCUCUGCCACCCCCUGGGCCAGAAGUUUUUCAUGGAGCGGAGCUGGUCUGUGAAGUCAGCUGCCAAGGAGAGUCUGUACUGUGCCCAGAGGAACCCAGCUGACCCCAUUGCGCAGGUCCACCAGGCCUUCUGCAAGAACCUGCUGGAGCGAGCUAUAGAGUCCUUGGUGAAACCUCAGGCCAAGAAGAAGGCUGGAGACCAAGAAGAAGAGAGCUGUGAAUUCUCCAGUGCUCUGGAGUACUUGAAAUUACUUCAUUCUUUUGUGGACUCUGUGGGGAUUGUGAGCCCCCCACUCUCCAGCAGCUCCGUGCUCAAAUCCGCCCUGGGUCCAGACAUCAUCUGUCGGUGGUGGACGUCUGCAAUCACUGUGGCCAUCAGCUGGCUCCAGGGAGACGAUGCAGCUGUGCGCUCUCAUUUUACCAAAGUGGAACGCGUCCCCAAGGCCCUGGAAGUGACAGAGAGCCCCCUGGUGAAGGCCGUCUUCCAUGCCUGCAGAGCCAUGCAUGCCUCACUCCCUGGGAAAGCAGAUGGGCAGCAGAGUUCCUUCUGCCAUUGCGAGAGGGCCAGCGGCCACCUAUGGAGCAGCCUAAAUGUCAGCGGGGCCACCUCUGACCCUGCCCUCAACCACGUGGUCCAGCUGCUCACCUGUGACCUGCUACUGUCGCUACGGACAGCACUCUGGCAAAAACAGGCCAGUGCCAGCCAGGCUGUGGGGGAGACCUACCACGCAUCAGGCGCUGAACUGGCGGGCUUCCAACGGGACCUGGGCAGCCUGCGCAGGCUGGCACACAGCUUCCGCCCAGCGUACCGCAAGGUGUUCCUGCAUGAAGCCACCGUGCGCCUGAUGGCAGGAGCCAGCCCCACCCGCACCCACCAGCUGCUGGAACACAGCCUGCGGCGGCGCACCACACAGAGCGCCAAGCACGGAGAGGUGGAUGCCUGGCCCGGCCAGCGAGAGCGGGCCACCGCCAUCCUGCUGGCCUGCCGCCACCUGCCCCUCUCCUUCCUCUCCUCCCCGGGCCAGCGGGCAGUGCUGCUGGCCGAAGCUGCCCGCACCCUGGAGAAGGUGGGCGACCGGCGCUCCUGCAACGACUGCCAGCAGAUGAUUGUUAAGCUGGGUGGUGGCACUGCCAUUGCCGCCUCCUGACCACCAGGCUCAGCCCACCCCUCCACCUCUCUCUCAGUUUCUCUCUCUUCCCCCCCAGCAUCUUCCCGCUGAGAGUGGUGGGGAGGAGCCUUGUCUUCUUAGCUGUCACCUGCCAAGGCUUCUGGGCCACCUCAGGCCAGCAGAGCCCCUUAAAGCUGCUGUCACUAGAUGCCCAUGGUCCAAGGCCUGGUGGGCAUGAGAGGAAAGGUGGCAGGGCAGAAACUGGGCAGCCCUGACUUGAUAGCAGCAGGGGGAGCUCCCAAGCCCCUGCCUCCAGCCUUUCCUGAGUUUCUUUCUCCUGAACCCGACUCUCUCCUUUUUGCUUCCUCAGUUUUUAUCAGGCUUUCUCUGGGGGACAGCAGUCUCUGAGCACCAGGGAGCAGUUGCCCUCAGGCCUGUGCCCAGCAUGCCCUCCCCUUUUUAUACGAAUGUUUUCUACCAGUGUGCUUGGGUUUGCCAUGAUGCGAGGCUGAGUUGCUGUAGCGUCUUGAUUCUCUCCCUGGGUCUGUGUUCCCUCCCCUGGGCAUGACAGCCUGCUCAUUUGUGCCCAGCCCUGGGAGGCUGGUGGGAGGCAGGGGGCAGGCCUGCGGAUGGAUGAAAUAAUGUUGGCAUUAUUUUUUAAUUAAUUUUUAAAAAAAUAAAUGGUAUCUUAUUUAAUUGUCCUGUUCCUUCCCACUCCCCGCCUCCUAGGAUGUCAGCCCAAGCUCAGGGUAGGCCCAGGGGGCUGGGAGAAAUGAAGCCACCCAUUGGGACUGGGGACCAGGGGCCUUCAGCAUGGCUUCUAGGUUCCCUCCUCCCCCUACCCCAACUCCUACCCCCACAGUACAGAAUGUCCCCAACUUAACAGUGGUUCAACUUAAACCAUGUUUCAACUUUACAAUUGGUCUAUUGGGGUAUUAAAUGAAUUUUUGACUUAGGAUAUUUUCAUUUAUGAUGGGUUUAUCAGGAAGUAACCCCAUGGUAAGUUGAGGCAUAUCUGUAUAUUUUUAUCCCUAAUAAUUCUUGAGCUGAAGAUAAACCAGGAUGGCAGGGACCAAUCCCCAAUCCCUCCCCAGUGGCAAGCCCCUCUUUUCAGAGUGGGCAGAAGGUUGCCUAUGGUGGGCACUAGGAAUGAGGUCCCCUGCCUCAAUGCGGGUCCUAGGAGAAAAAGUCCUACUUUACUGGGCCCCCAGGUGCAGCACCUCCCGAAGACUGUUUCUCCCAUGGCCUCCUGAGUGACGGGCCCUGCCUCCCUGUGCCCCAUCCUCAGGCUGGUUGGAGCAGAGGGUGGGCAGUAGCCCCAGCACAGACUGGGGGGUGCUCACAGCAGGGCCACCUUGAUGCAGGCUGGAAGUUAUCCCUGGGGUGUGCUUGGACCCCACCUGCUUUCUCUCAUGCCCCUCCCCUACUCUCACUGUAACUUAUGGACCCUGCCCGCCUGCGUGUCGUGUGUAUGUCCUGUGCCUUUUCUCACUAUUGUUUGGGGGUGGGAGGGGGUGGUUUUUCACUGAAAAGGGGGAUACACCCAUGGCUUUCUUGAUGUUCAAUCAGUCACCGUGUCCCAGACAUAGGUUAUUCAAUAAACACAGAUUGGUACCACCCA